AUGAAGUGUUGCUGCGUUCCUUAUUGCAAAAAUGGCAGAGUUUUGAAGUAUACGAAGCAGAUCAAAUUUUAUUUUUUUCCGAAAGCGUUCGACGAGGAAUCGGCCAGUCGCCGUUCAAAGUGGAUCAAGGCCGUCAAUAAAAUUAAUCCCAAUGGCUCAGCCUGGGAGCCAAGGCAGUACACCCAGAUAUGUAGUCAGCAUUUUGUGAGUAAUGAGGCCAGUGAAGACCCUGAUAGCCCAUCUUACAUACCCACUCUUCGACUAUCUCAAACAGUUGUAGUAGCCUACAACCAUGUUCGGCCGAAAUCAGCCCAGACCAGCUUGUCCAACACGACCCUAACGCCAUCAGCAUCUUCAUCCUCGCUAUCAACCAUUUCUCCAAAGAAGUUACGUCAACAUUCAGUAACCCAACUAAACAACAACAGCAGCAGUAGCAUCAACAACAACAACAACGAUGUUUUCCUACAUCAACAACCACAACAGCAACAACAAAUGACGUUAUCAAGUUCUGAUCAUCAAAGUCAAAUGAAUAGAAAUUUGUUACUGACAGAUGAGGAUACUAAGUUGAUUGCACUUCAAACUUCUGCCAACAUCAAUAGAUUAAGUACUAUGAUUUAUUUAUUUAUUAUAACCAACAAAGGAGUGGCAGUAUCUAUGCAAUCUGUCUUUUUUUUUGUACAGAAAAACAAUAAUUUUCAAGCCCAGAUUUUCAAAAUGAGAUUAGAAAACAUCAAAGUUGUCAUGCCAUGCCUUUAA